UCAGGAUGGAACGCGAAGAGGCUGAAUGAAGAACAGUGUCAGAGAAAUGACAGACGUGACAGACGUGAAAAAUGAGAAAAACGUGACGGGAGUAUAGAUAUUUAAACCGGGUUGAAAUGGACCAUAUCGUUGAAGAAUCAAGCACAAUCAUUCUAUUCUCUUCUACAAGGGUCCCAGAAUUAGAAAUCGCUCAGAAUCUGUGAAACUUCGGCACAAUGGCAUCUCUUUCCCUUCCAGUUGAGCGAAAGCUGUUCAAUCCUCUAUGGUGGAGAGAGAUGCUUUUCCCGUGGCAGAGCCAAUUUCUUAAGACCUCCUCCGUGUCCGAUGUCGAUGCUGGCAUUCCAGCAUCCAAAGUCAUCGAAUGUCACCAAGUCAAAGCACCAGCGAAGGCUUCCUCGACUGAGGACUACGUCAAGGUCCCUAAGGAUGGGGUCACCAUUACCGUUACUGAGCUUGAAUCCGAAGAUGACCUCGAAGUUGAAGAAGACAGAGCAGUCACAAUCAUCAGUGAGCCAGAAACCGACUCGGACAAACUUGCCAGCGAUAUCCUUGACGUUAUUGGAGGAUAUGGUCUUCACACCCAACCUAAAGAUGUGGAGGGACCGGUCACCAGUUGGACUGGCAAGUCGUUCUUCAUGGAUCGAGUAAAAACGCAGGUGGCAAAGGGGCAUGCUAUUGAGAUGAUUCUUCCUGCUUUUCCCUGGAAGAGUAUCAACAAAGUAGACAAGGUUACCGGUGUCCUUCCUGACUUGGGUGAAGAGCUAGCACUGUCUCGUCUCCAUCAGCUAUGCGAGGAUAUCAAAGUGGUUUACCCACCUGGAGGCGAGGUUCAUAUUGCCACAGAUGGAUUGCUGUUUGAUGACGUGGUCGGAAUCACCGACGAAAGUACCUGGGCCUACGGCGACGGCCUAGUCCAAAUGACCAAGUCUAAGGGUUACAACAAAUCAAUCAAACUUUUCCGAGUCAUGGACAUCCUCGGCUACACAGCCAACACCGGCCUCAACAAAGAAUCUUACCUCUCUCUCGCCCAGAAAUGCCGCAACGAGAUCCUCGAGAAAUACGGCCGUACCGAAGAAGAAGUCCGCGAAAUGAUGCGUGAUGACCCAGACACCUUGCUCACAUACUGCGGCUUUAUCCGCUUCCUUGAGACUGACCUCCGACAUAGCCCGGUAGCAGCAAAUGCCACCAGUGGCCAGAAAUACCGAAAAAUUGUCAAGAAAGUCGCCAUCAAUAUGAUGAUCCGGGCAGAGUCGUUUACAAAAUUCUUGCAGGCGACGAAGCCGGAGCAUGUUCGAUUGUCUAUUCACCCGUCUAGCGGUAGCGUCAAGCUGUCUAUUCCUCUAAUUGUUCAAGGCUCGGGUGCCUUCCCCAAGUCACCAUGGCACAGUUCCAUCGCUGUUGCUCUUGACGGGACUUAUACCACUGUCCACUCCAAGGCCGUGCGUGACACGCACCGGUUGAUGUACAAGGACGGACGGCCGUACUUUUACCGGGAGAAGUCUGCCCUAUGGGAUUGGGAAGAUGAGGAUGUUAUUUUCGAGGCGCAGUACCCAAAUACCAUGCUUGUUUACCCUAAGUCAGGUGUUGAGAAGUCACUUACCGAGUCUCAGCUGGAGAAGGUGCAACAAUUGAGGGAAGUUCACAAGGGUCCUGUGAAGGUGAUCGGAUUUGAAAAUGCAGCAGCAGCAGCAGCAUGAAGGACUCGUCUUUGGUUUUAUUUAUAUUUGGGUUCCCGAUUGCGUUCUUGCUUGUUUGUAUUUAGUGUUUUAUUGGAUAUAAAUGUCAAUAGAGGAUUAUGAUUUUUUUCAUUUGAAGAGCUGUUUUAUACUUGGGAGAUCUUCCUCUGUCACCCUCAAUGCGUAGGGAUUUCUAG